GCUGCCAAGAAGAGGAGGCAUUUUUCUCCAGCAAUGAAUUCCUCAUUUUACCCGUAUUUCUUGGAUCCCAACCUGAAUGCCACACAUGGCAACCUUUCAGGACCAAAUGUCAAAAACACGUCUUCACCAUGUGAAGACAUGGGCAUCGCCGCGGAGGUGUUUUUGACUCUGGGUUUCAUCAGCCUCUUGGAGAACAUCCUGGUCAUAGGUGCCAUCAUGAACAGCAAGAGCUUGCAUUCUCCCGUGUACUUCGUGUGCAGCUGAGCGGUGGCUGACAUGUUGGUGAGCAUGUCCAAUGCCUGGGAGACCGUCACCAUAUACUUAAUAAGUAACAAGCACCUGGUGAUGGCAGACGCUUUUGUGCAUCACAUUGACAACGUGUUUGGCUCCAUGAUCUGCAUUUCCGUCGUCGCCUCGAUGUGCAGUCUGCUGGCCAUUGCAGUGGAUAGGUAUGUCACCAUCUUCUGUGCCCUGUGCUACCACCACAUAAUGAUGGCCAGGCACUCUGGGGUGAUCAUGGUGUGCAUCUGGGUGUUUUGCACAGGCUGUGGCAUUGUCUCCAAGUUCUUCACUAUGCUGUUCCUCGUGCUGUCUCUGCAUACACACAUGUUCCUCCUGGCACAGACCCAUGUCAGGCGGAUGGCAGCUCUGCCCAGGUACAGCACCAUGCGGCAGAGGAGCAGCACGCGGGGGGCUGUCAGCCUCGCCAUGCUGCUGGGCGUCUUCAUCCUGUGGUGGGCUCCUUUCUUCCUCCAUCUCAUGCUGAUGAUUUUGUGCCCUUAGAACCUCUACUGCUCUUGCUUCAUGUCCCACUUCAAUAUGUACCUUGUGCUUAUCAUGUGUAACUCUGUGAUUGACCCUCUGAUGUAUGCCUUCCGCAGCCCAGAAAUGCGGAAGACCUUGAAAGGGACUAUUUGCUGCCAUGUGUGCCCCCACAGUGAUUAG